GGCACGGGGCAUCAGAGUACGUCGAGUAGUGGCAAGGGUGUGUGUUCUUGGGUAGUGUGCGGCGGAGUUAUCUCACAAUUAAGCUACACACGAGUUCGUUCCUCAUACAGUACCAUACCUGUUCUUCGUGGCACUGAGACCCAGGAUAUGUGUUGACACGUUAUAAACUCGGACCUGCAGAAACUAAUCAAGUGCCCCUGUACAUUAUCCCCGUAUGUGUGUGUGUGACCGUCCAUGAGUAACGCUGUAACUCACAUCUCAUGAACUACACCGUAACUCACAUAUAAAUUACUGCACUCAUCCUUCAGUGCCAGAUUUCACACCAGAUUUCACCCCCAGAUUAAACUUCAAACUCCAGUGCUCUCAAGAAAAUCCAGAUUUCAACCCCAACACAAAAUCCAAAUCGGCUGAAGUGUUUCCCAGUGAGAGUUAAAAGACCACAAGCCUUAUAAAGUGUUAAGUAGAGGAAAAAGGUCAAAAAAAUACCUUGAUAAGUAAUAAAAGGACAGAUUUAGAGGUGUUUAAAGGCUAAAAAGUGUUACUCAACUCUCAUAAGGACACACAUCUCUAAGGACACAUCUCUAAGGUCACACAUCUCUAAGGACACAUCUCUAAGGACACACAUCUCUAAGGACACGAACACGCCGGAUAGGACAUCACCCAGACAAUGCUCAACACGUACAAGGAUUAUUAUUGACGUGAUAAGUUCUAAAAGUUAAGUACAAUUGAAUAAACUUAAGUAAACAAAAGUAGAAUAAAAGUACAACAAAAUAAAAGAAAAAUAAAGAAACAAAUUAGUGGAACAAUUCAAAACGAUCAACCUAAUAAAAAAUAAAAAUAAUUAAACUAAAAACUCUCAUAAAAUGCCACUGAGGAACCAGCCAGGCACCCUGCAGAAGAACACGAUGCUCACUAUAGCCAGGAACUUCGACUACAUCUGCUACAGGGCCAAGACCCGAGAGGACAUGUGUAAGAUGAUCUAUGAUGAAUCUUACCUCAAUUACGAGGGACCCUUUAAAAACCUACCGCCUCUCAUCAACAAAGGAAUCAUGGACACAGUGAGAGACGUAGGAAGGCUCAGGAGGCAUCAUCUCCACUCUCUGGUACAGGAACACCUUCUCGACUUCACCACUAGCGGCGUUGGUGAGACCUAUAUUGCUCUCGACCUGUUGCUGGAACGGUGCAGGCGCCUCCGUCGGUUGGAUCUGUCUUACCUGAGGACGGUGGGGCCGCCUAUUCUGAUUCGUCUCAUCCCCAGCCUAACCCACAUCACUGUCCUUAACCUCAGCAUGACAGAAACCGUCGACCAGGUACUGGAGCUGAUAGGCCAGAACUGCCCCGAGAUACGUGAGCUGGACAUCUGCAACACCCCUAUCACAGAGUCGGGUCUCACGCGGUUGUGUUACGACGCCGAGAGAGACCAGUCCAUGUGUCAGAAACUCGUCAAGCUCUCCAUCAGCGGGUGUAUCGUCUCAGCCAAGCCCGUCUGCUUCCUCCUGCAGUACAUCCCGACCUUGAGGGAGAUUGACUAUGACGACAUCUUCCAGGUGUUCGGGGUGCUGCAGAAGUGGGGGCUCACCUUAGACAACAUCGACAGGUGCCACAAAUUCCACCUACGGAUCCUCAACUCCACCAAUGACCUGGUCGACCCCUUCAACGUAGAGCUGGCCAUCAUGUUGUGUCCUUAUGCUACGAACUUCACCCUAAGCAAUGCCUACGUAGACAACGACGUACUCUACAAGGUAAUGAUGAUGGAGCAUCUCACUCACCUACGGAUCACCAACUCAGAGGGACUCACACUCGACUUCCAGGAGGGUGUCUUGCCUGUACUCACCGUCAAGGGUCACCAGCUCCUGUCUCUCCUCUUGGCUAACUUUGCCUCCGUCGACGUGGCCGCCAUCGGUGAGUGCUGUCCCCGGCUACAGAACCUGGCGCUUAGUGCUGUAGGCGUCUACGAGGAGAUUAUGUAUCCCCGCGAGCACUACUUCACUACACUGAAGAAUCUGGAGGUGUGGUCGAGCCUGACAGUGGACACGUGUAAUACCACCAUCCUGCGGCAGCUGCUGUGUUACUGCCCUGGCCUCCGCAACCUGCUGGUGAAGGCUACCGACGCCCUCUCUGACAAGUUCCUCUUUGAUAUAUGGCGGGAAAACGCUAUGCCCCAGCUGUCUCGCCUCACCAUCGACACUUGCCCGAAUGUGACAGCGUCGGCUAUACACCACCUACUGGACAUGACCAACGAACUCACUCUGAUCCGCCUGUGGGGCUGUUUCUUCAUCACCAAAGACGACGACAGGAAGAUUCAACAGCGCAUCAAGGACGAGAACUGUGACGUGUAUCUGGAGUGGUUCUGCUGGGACGGUUGAACUUUUGAACUUAUCCACCCCUAACACUCAUCCAUCGCCGUCUUUAUUUUUCGUUUCUAUACACCGUUUAUUUACACCUCAACAAGUAAACGCCAACUUUUGUUAUUUUCUUAUUGUUUACUGAUCAUAUACCAAAUGUGACGACAAUAACAAUAAAAUAAGGAAAGGAAAAAAGGAACCUCAAGAUGGCGUAACAUUAUCAAGAGUGAAUGAUGACUUUCUUCUCCCGGGUCUAUCUCCGUAGCUACUUGAUGAAUGACUGGACAAGCACGAGGUAGACUCAACAAUAAAUUAUAACGAAAACAAAAAUAAUAUUAAAUCCAGGUGUUGUAAUCUCUGAUCCCUGUUUCGCUGGGUAAAAAAAAAGAAGUAUUACCGUAUGAGGUAUUCAAAAACUUUGUAACAGCGCGCAAGGAAAAUAUGUCAGAAUAGGCAACUCGAUUCUAUUCCCAGACACAAAAGGUUAAACUCGCAUGUUUCUAAAUUAAUCAACACGCCUCGUCAAUAGGUAGAAAUGUGGCCUUUUGUCUUAGUAAUAAUAAUGUAAGCGGUGUUGUCUGCUGGCCCGUGAUGCUUGUUUUAUUGUUUAUCUGCUGUAUAUUUCAUUAUUUACAACACAUAGCUUUAAUUAAGUCUCACUGACAUAUAUACAGGGUUAACUGUGUUCAAUAUCUACUGUGAUAGGUAAAUAACUCUUCCGAAGUAUUGUCAAGUGUUAAGUACUGUAAGUCGGAAGUGACAUUCAAGCUCCCGGAAGAGUUAAUAAUUAAUGCUAUGACUCGCACAGCUGUCUGUCUCACCACCCACACGCAGGACUGUUGAAGGUGGCUCCCAGUGGCGCCUUAUUGAGUUACCAGAAAAUAUAAUAGUUUGUGUAAUGUGUGUUUUCUGGGUGACGAUGGUAGGAAUGUGUUAAAUAAUCCAUUCUUUGUAAAAAAAAAUAGAUAGGAAUUAUUUAAGUAGUGCUCAGUUAUUUAUUUACCAGUAGUGAACUAAUCUAUAAAAGUGACAAUCAAAACAAUUAUAUGAUUCACCAAUUACUUUCCUCUAUAAUUUACCAAAGCCCGAGAUGUUUUAGAGUAGGGGGCUGUGGUCACCAAACCCCAGAUGUUUAGAGGAGGGGGCUGUGGUCACCAAACCCCAGUCACGAGGGCGGCUCCUUGACUAAACUAACAAUAUUUACACCAAUCACUUACUUUCAAAGCUAAUUCUCUAUUUACUAAACCCCAAUCCGUAAUGUGACCAGGUAUUAGCACUUAUCUCACGUAUAGGUCAUGGCAGCGACAACAGUAUAGCCACAAUUAAAUCUUUAAAACGAAAUCUCUUUCACAAUGCCCUGACCUACUACACUAAAUACGUCUUCUGAAAGAUACACAUGAACUUUGCAUGUACCAGUAUUAAUGAUUUCUCAGCUUGACACCGCAGCUUGUUGUUUACUUUUAUGACUAUAUAAAGCUUAUUUUCUUACCAUAACAAAGCUAUUAUCAUUAUUUUUGGUAUCGGUUAUGUUAUUCAGUAGCUGCCAGUACUUGACAGGCGAAGCUAUGACAUCCAAAUUCCCCAAUGGCGUAUAACAAUAUAAAAUAUUUCACCCACUUUUAAAACCCUAAAGUCUUCAUAAGUAUUGCAAAUGUGUUUCGACAUAUCACGUAUAACAUGAUCAAAGACAUGCUACUAUCCAAUUUUAGGGCAAUUAGGUUUUUUUUAUAUAGAUUUGUCGCUGACUAGAUAUGUGUUUUAAUCCUUCAUAACGAGUUACCGCAGAGGCCAUAACGUUUUAUUUACAGCCACGGACGACUAACACAGGUGGCAGUCAUCUUCAGCCUAGCCAUAAUUUGUAUCAUCCUUUCUAUUAGAUUAUGUAAUAUAAACACCAUCUUAUGGUAUGCUGCAGUACUAAACCGUUUACAAUUAUCGGAACAAGAAAAAAAUAUCGUCUGAACAAAAACAUAAUUUUUCUCUUUGGUCCUAUAAUUAAGGUAAAGAUUUAGGUCAUGUCUUCCGUAAUCGACUUUCCCCUUAUAAAAUAUGACCCACCUAGGCGCAGCUGAACAUAUUCACUGUAGUUUUAUUAUCAAAGUAAAUAUUAGCAGUGACGCUGAGCUGACAAAUCCCUGAUAAUCUGAUUUAUGGCCCUAUAAUCAACUGUGCUGCUCUGCUUCAAAGGAAUUAUGAAUCUCACCAUAAAUAUACGUGUGUGUGUUGAGGGAGAUGCAAUACUGAUCUGCUGCUCCUUAGUUCCUUCCACUAGUGUUUGUGUUCAGUCAGUAAUUGGAGGAUUACUUGCUUAUGGUGGGACGUGACAAAACGCUAGAAAUGUUGUGUUAAGUGUAACUGCGAAUGGAUCUCCAAGAAUCCGUGAACGAAAUUCCAAAAAAAUUAAGAAGAUUUAGAGAGCAGAUAAAGUCUAGAAUAAACUAAUGUAAGAUUUGUUUGCGGUUUGUCCAAGAAAAUUGACACCUACCUAACUUAACACCUCACCUCACCUAACCUAACCUAACCUAACCUAACCUUACCUCACCUAACCUACGUCUAACCUAACCUAAUACCUACGUCUAACCUAUUUUAUCUAACACUGACUACCCGCAAAAGAACUCCCUCAUCCAUGAACGCAACAAAUGUCGAAAUGUUUGUAAUGGUCAAGAAUAUCCCACGAGAAACAGUGCCCCGUGGGACUUGCCAUUAUCAUAAACAAAAAAACCUAAUCACAGACUAACAGACAUGUACAGCAACACGCACAAUCUGAAUAUAUCAAUCCCCAGGAGACGCGGCAUGAAGAACGCUGAUUCUUCGUAUCUCACCAUUUAUUUUUGGAAAAUUAAUCAUACAAAUUUAAUUCCCGUGUGCAACAUAUCACUCACCCGAAAACAUAAACUAAUGCCUAUCAAUCUGGAGCCAACACCCAUGUAAUCUUAACUCCCAUACAAGCCACUAUGACUAUAUUGUUCAAGCACGUACUGCUGGGUAGGGAUCAUACCGUACAUUAAACAGUAUCUAUUAAUAAUUACGCAAUAAAAGGUCUUCCUUCUGAACAGGGGAUCAUGAACUAGUCUUACUAUGUGGUGAACUCUUACCUACACAGAACACCUGGCCUUAUGUUACCUGACUACUAGACGUUCACCACAGACAAAUUUUAAACCUUGUGGGAAACAAGAGCUUUUCUGGCAAGUCGCGAAAUAAAACACCACAAUGGCAUAAAAGCGGUUUAGCGUCUCUGGUCAUCCAUUCUCUCCUGGGAUUUCACCGAACAAUAUUAAACAAAAAAUAAACUUUAAACCCUCUGGGGACAAUGGUUUAACUUUAACCUGUUGAGGAUAACAGCUUAAAUAGUCAACUUGAAAGUGUUGUAGUUUAAACCAUUAUCCUCAAAAGCAUUAUAGUUUAAACCAUAAUUCUCAAAGGGUUAUCGCUUUAGCUUAUGUCCUCAGAAACAUAAAUAAAUACAGCCUAAGGUAUUAACAAGUACAUAAGUAAAAUAUCGAUGUUGAAAAAAACGUAUCGAAGCUCUGUACUUACUAGGAGGUACCUAUGCACUUGGCUAUACGUUGCAGUAGGAAAACAUUGAAAUACUAUAAGAUAACCCUCAAAUAUAAUACCACUAACAAUUUUAUGUAACUUUUAUCUGUUAUCUCCGUUUAUCUAUCAGCUACAGAAUAAUAAAUGAUGCCAAACUGGGAGUAUUGAUAAGGCUUAGUAAUAAUCGUAGUACCACCACCAUCCAGAAAUAUAGCAACUCAGUACACACAUUUAAAACAAAUUCUAACUGGUUGGCUUCAAUCAUCAAAUCGAUCAACGUUGUGAAUGCAGUGAUAGAAGCAGCUACCCCGUACUUACCGAUUUAUAAAGGCCAGCCAACUUUUCGACUUUAAUAAUAUAGGAGUCAAUUUGUGGUCUACUGCUAUAUUAAUUUAUGGCUACUGUAUGACCACCAAUUUCAUGAGCUAGUUGCUAGUAUAUGGCCUUCACCUACUGUAUAAGCUCUCGGUGUUUGGUCUGGUUGCCACGCCACAAAAGACGCUGAUAGUUUUGGUCAGGGUAACUGUGUGUGUGAGAGGGCACAGUUUGUUAGAGCAUAGCAUAAAGCUGUUUAAUAGAGGCUAAAGAAAUCCUCAUGGCAUAAGGCCUAAUGUCUUUGUAUAUUGGGCAAUUUCAUUUUUAAUUUCAUACUUUUACACGAUUAUUUAUACAAGAAACUCUUUGCAGGUUUUAUACCAGAGUUAUUAGUUAAGCUGAAUAAUAAUAUUAAUUAAUAAGUACGGUAGUUGUGCCUACUUAAUAUUUGUUCUGGCAUUUUAGCAACUGAUUAGUGUAUGCGGUGCCUUUGUCUAGGGUAUCAAAGCCAGCGUUCAGGUUACUGCGCACUUUUCAUAUAAUUUAAUUGUGUUAAAUGCAUGAAGUACUGCCAGUGUGUUCUGAGUAAAAUAACUGUUUAUUACUGUAGGUGUUGUAGUCAAUUACAAAAUAAUUGAAAUGAAAAAUAUUACACUAAAAACAUACAUGUUCUUAUAUAUAAGCAAAUUAAGGUUACUAUUAACGAUGCUAAUAUAAAGUAACGCAAAACAUAACAUACCUGAAUGAUUUUGUCAAUAAAGUAAUAAAAGUUU